ACUUUAUUAGAUAUAGUCAGUAUUGCCGAAAGGGAUAUAAAAUUCGAUAUGGAAGAAAUAGAGUGGAAAUAAAGAGAAAACUAGAGAAAAAUUGAGGAUUGCCAACUGAAUUGAUUUGAUGGAACUAUGGUUUUUCAAUUAGUUUGUUCUUCUACUAUUUUAUAAUCUACUAUAAUCUAUUACUUCUAUAAUCUAUUAGAUUAUAAUCUAAUGUCAAAUUCGAAUAUUUUCCAAUAAAUUUAUAUAUUAUAUCAUAUAUAUUAUAUAUUAUAUAUUAUUAGAUUAUUUCUAAUACUUUGCUUAAAAUAUAUUUAUAAGUGAAAAAUAAUAUUAUAAUAUUAAAAUUAAUUUAACUAUUUUAUUAAUUAUUUUAAUAAAAUGGCUAAUACUUUAGCUAAUGUACCUGUAUCAAAAAUUAUAAAAAAUAAAAGCAAUUUCGAAGAUGAACCAAAGAAAAAAAGUAGAGAAGAUUGGAGGAAAGCGAAAGAAUUGGAAGAAGCAAGAAAAGCUGGUACAGCACCAGCUGCAGUAGAUGAAGAAGGCAAAGAUAUUAAUCCACAUAUACCACAAUAUAUUAGUGCUACACCAUGGUAUUUUGGAGCUCAAGGACCUACUUUAAAGCAUCAAAGACCACAACCAGAAAAACAAAAGAAAUAUAGUGGUAUAAAUGAAUGGUACAAACGUGGUGUAGAUUCAUCUAAAGUAGCAAGUAAAUAUCGUAAAGGAGCAUGUGAAAAUUGUGGAGCAAUAACUCAUAAAAAAAAAGAAUGUAUGGAACGUCCACGUAAAAUAGGUGCAAAAUAUACAAAUGCAAAUAUAGCACCAGAUGAAUUUACUCAACCAGAAUUAUCUACAGAUUAUGAUGGCAAAAGAGACAGAUGGGCUGGUUACGAUCCUUCACAACAUAGAGCUAUUGUUGAAGAAUAUCAAAAGAUUGAAGAAGCAAAAAGACAAAUGCGUGCAGAAAAAUUAAAUGCAGAAGAAAAUGAUGAACAAGAUUCAGAUAAAGAUGAAGAUAAAUAUGUUGAUGAAGUUGAUAUGCCUGGAACAAAAGUAGAUUCUAAACAACGUAUUACUGUUAGAAAUUUACGAAUUAGAGAAGAUACAGCAAAAUAUUUAAGAAAUUUGGAUCCAAAUUCAGCAUAUUAUGAUCCUAAAACAAGAUCUAUGCGCGAUAAUCCUUAUGCUGGUACAGAUAGAGAGGUAGAUUAUAAAGGUGAAAACUUCGCACGUUUUUCGGGAGAUACACAACGACAUGCAAAUGCACAAUUAUUUGCAUGGGAAGCACAUGAAAGAGGUGUUGAUGUUCAUUUGCUCGCAGAACCUACGAAAUUAGAAUUGCUUAAACAGGAAUAUGAUAAAAAGCGUGAUGAAUUAAAAGAUAAAACUCGUGAAAGCAUAAUUAGUACAUAUGGAGGUGAAGAACAUCUUAAUGCUCCUCCACCUUCUCUUUUAUUAGCACAAACGGAACAAUAUGUUGAAUAUUCUAGAUAUGGAAAGAUUAUUAAAGGACAGGAUAGACAAAUAAUUAGAUCAAAAUAUGAAGAAGACAUUUAUCCAAAUAAUCAUAAUUCUGUUUGGGGAUCUUACUGGCAUACUGGUAAAUGGGGAUAUAAAUGUUGUCAUUCAUUUAUAAAAAAUUCAUAUUGUAUAGGAAAUGCAGGUAAAAAGAUUGUUGAAAUGAUAACAGUUGAUAGGGAUGAAUCGAUACCAUGAAAGUAUAAGAUAUUAUUAUUCAUUACUUAUAUUAUAUGAUUCAGUACUAAAAUUAAAAUUCAUUCAAUAUCAAAAUAAAAAUAUCAAUAU